CUAGUAGUACUACGAAGUUCUUCAAAGGUUCACUCGGCGGCACACGCGCACAUCGCCUCCGCCACCGCCAUGGCCGCGCCGUGCAGGGGCAGCCGCGGCGCCCUCCCGCUCCUCCUCAUCUCCCUCUCCGCCGCCUACCUCACCUACACCGCGCUCCUCUCCUCCCGCUCCCUCCUCCCCCUCCCCACCGCCUCCUUCCCCGGCGCCACCGCCUCCCGCCGCCUCGCCUCGGGCCGCCCGACGGCGGCGGCGGCGUUCCACACCGCGGUCACCGCGUCGGGCUCCCUCUACAACACGUGGCAGUGCCGGGUCAUGUACUACUGGUUCAAGCGGGCGCGUGAGGCCGGCGGCGGCGGAGGCGCCGAGAUGGGCGGGUUCACCAGGAUCCUCCACUCCGGGAAGCCCGACGCGUUCGUCGACGAGAUCCCCACCUUCGUCGCCGACCCGCUCCCCGCUGGCACGGAUCAGGGAUACGUUGUUCUCAAUAGACCUUGGGCAUUUGUUCAGUGGCUUCAAAAGGCAGACAUACAAGAAGAAUAUAUCUUGAUGGCAGAACCAGAUCAUCUUAUUGUCAAACCUAUACCGAAUUUAUCAAGGGAUGGUCGUUCAGCAGCUUUCCCUUUCUUCUACAUUGAGCCCAAAAAAUAUGAAAAUGUGCUGCGUAAGUUCUUCCCUGAACAUGAAGGACCAAUAACCAAAAUUGAUCCUAUUGGAAAUUCCCCUGUCAUCGCAAGAAAGGAAUCUCUUGCAAGAAUUGCUCCAACUUGGAUGAAUAUUUCAAUAGCAAUGAAGAAAGAUCCUGAAACAGAUAAAGCUUUUGGCUGGGUUCUUGAAAUGUAUGCUUAUGCCGUAGCAUCCGCUCUCCAUGGAGUGGGUAACAUCUUACAUAAGGAAUUUAUGAUUCAGCCACCAUGGGACUUGGAAAUUGGUGAUGCAUUUAUCAUACAUUAUACUUAUGGGUGUGACUAUGAUAUGAAGGGUAAACUCACUUAUGGCAAAAUUGGAGAAUGGAGAUUUGACAAAAGAUCCUAUGAUAGUAAACCUCCUCCUAGAAAUUUGCCAUUGCCUCCAAAUGGUGUACCUCAAAGCGUGGUGACACUUGUGAAAAUGGUUAAUGAAGCAACAGCCAACAUACCCAACUGGGAUUCUUAUGCAGCUGCAUAGCUGAUUCACCUUGUUACAAUCUGAUGGUUGGUUCGUCAAUUGUGUGGGCCUAAUUUUCCAAGCAAAGUUAAUGCAUGAUAACUGGCCAAGCCUAGAAGUGGGUGGAUGACAAAGCGGGAUGCAUAUAGCUGUACAAGUUAAUCCAGGGCCAUUGACACCAUUCAAUUCUGCUUGAAUUUUCCAGCAGACAGAAACCAAGUUAGUGCAAAGCAACCCCUUCUUUAACUGAAAGUCUGAAACACACAAACUACGAUCAAUAAACUCAGUGUUUAUUGCAAUGUAAGUGAGUGAUGAGUUAGAACUGGUGAGUUCUGGUUCGGAGCCUGAAUCCUGACUUCAUUCUGAUUUUCUCCUUCAGUGAAGUCAAGCAUAGAUUGAUCUUUAUACGAGACAAGUAGAAAAUCAAACACUGUAGUUGCUUUUUUUUUCCCAAUUGGAGUCCACCUGUGCCAACUGCCAAUGCAUAAUUAGGUUUGAUGAAUAUUGUAACUGUGUCUCUUUUAUUCUCUAAAUAAAAAGGAAUAUAGCUUCUUUA